AUGGUCGACCGAAGAGAUUCUUACUCUGGGCCCAUAAUGGAAAGGGACCCAAAGUUCCAUAAAAUGAUUCUACACUACCACCAGAAUCAAAUCGGAAGACGUCUUAUGAAGCAUGACGCUAUCCAAGAUGGUCCCCUUGGUUGGGAGCGAACAAUAACAAAUAUAACAGAGAUAACCUGGCCACUUCCCACUACAAUAACUGUAGUUGUUCAAGCGCAAACAAGUCUACAAGACUUUUGGGCGCUUUGGAUAUAUAUUUGCCUCCGAAAUCUUCAAUAUAAGCUUUUUUUCGAUCGCUCUAGCCUUAUAGCAACUUCCAACCGGAGUCGGGGCACCGGAAGGUAUGAUGAGGAAGAGGAAGCAAAGGCUCCAUCUUCCAGCGCAACGAAAGUCAAAAACGUCACACCGUCUUCCACUAUAUCAUCUUAUUCUGUCUCCCGACCAUUAAAGCGACAACACGAUAACAACGAUCAUAACGAUGAGAACGGAGGAAGGCCACCAAAGAAAUCUAAGGCUCGAGGCGAUCUCACAUCCUGCCUGCCAAGCAGCCACCUCUUUGCUUGUCAUUUCAAUAAAUACGCACCAUCGACGUAUUGUGUCUUGUCCGACAAUAAAUACCGCGCAUGUGCUGGUCCUGGGUGGGAGAACAUCACCGAGCCCGAAAUUACAUGCAUGAAUGAACAGGGCUACAACUGCGGGGGAGAACCAUCCGGCGAUGACGGGAUCAGUCCUCUACAAUGGCAGAAAAUAAGUAAGCUCACGACGGACAAAUCGGCUGCUGAGAGGAAGUGGUUUGAAAUAUGGACUAUACUCUUUCCGAACUCGCCUUCCCCUGACCAACCUUGGCAUGGAUUAGGGGCCGAAAAGUUGCCCAAUUACCAGUUGGGGUCAUCUAGACGAAGUCCUCGUUCGCCUCUGUCACCUCUUGAUCGCGACCCGACAUCAGCAGAUAGCUUUGAGACUGUUAGCAUGCCUUCGUCGCCUACCACACCAUCACUUGUAUCAAAUAGCUCUUCCACUUUCUCAUCAUCUUCUAUACAAUCAAUAGAAGAGGUUACUCGACCCCUCGAUACUCGGCCCGAGCUGUUCUGUCAAAAUUUCUUCACGUCCUCAUUUGACUAUAUGCCUAGUAUUGGUGGUGCCACAGAUCAGAUCGAUAGCGGCAUAACCCUUGGGUGGACAGAUUUCCUUCGUGGGAAAAUGCCUGGCAAUCUUCUCGAUUCAGAGAUUUAUGGCAUUGAGUGGCAUGAGUCACCAUGUUCCUAUCCCACAUUGGCGUCUAGUAGUUUUACAUCGCCGCGACUCCUAGAAGGUUUAAUUUCAGAAACGGCGCCUCUAGAUGCCAGAGAUAAUUUCUGCAGCGGCAAUAUGAAGCAAGAGGCUACGGUUUGUGCCAAAACACCUGUUGCCGAUGAAGAUAGCAUACCCGUCAAGGGUCUGAAUGCUGUGGAGGACGACGGAACAGAUCUGUUCUUUGAUCCCGGCACUGGGAGCCCUGUGGAGUCUAUAUAUGAAUACAACGCGAUUCCGGAUACCUUCGAGGCCAUCGAGUCAUCUAUAAAGGAGGCCCUGCCAGCAGACCCAGAGAUCGUGGCUCGACUAAUCCCAAUAUUCAGAGAAAAGUGGAAAAGGGAAAACAUCCCAUUGUCUCCCGGUGUUAUCAGCUGUGCCACAUCAGAUGACAAUUAUAGUCACUAUUCAACUCCAAAUACAUCCUCUAUUAUAGCUUCUGGGAAAACAGGUUCUGAUUCUCAACCGGGGUAUAAACACCAGCUGGAUAAACGUUCCAAUGACGAGGACGGAGAGCAAGAGGACGAAGAGGGGCCACCAAAGAAGCAAAUGAAAUUUCGGGACCUAGGUAAUGCUUAUACAGGACCAAAAUUUGCUUGCCAUUUCCAUAAGUACAAUCCCAGGCAGUAUUGUGUCCGUAAAGACCGAAAUUUGUCCACGCCGGAACAAAUAAAGUGGCGAAUUUGUGGUGGGCAAGGCUCGAAAGACUUGCGGCACCUCAUGGAUGGCGAUCUUAAGCACCAUAGAAUCCAUGACUGCGAGGAUUGUUUCCGAGAAUUCGACACUGCCGACGACUACCGGAACCAUAAGUUAGACAAAGCCUGCGACGGCACAAAGCCGAUGCGGGGUCCUGGGAGAGAUGGGAUUGACUGUUUGAAAUGGCGAGAAAUCGAAAAAGUCAGAAAGUCCAAGAAGCCAGAUGAGGAAAAGUGGAUGGAUAUUUGGACCAUUUUGUUUCCAGAUACGCCUCGCCCAAAGGAUCCUUUCACUUCUGAAGACGAUGAUGAUACCCAACUUCCACCGUCCUCAUAUCGGACUGAGGAACUUUUGACCUCUUGGAGGAUCUUCAUUCGAGACGCUAUAAAGAGUCAAAACUUCCAAGGGUACGACGCGAAGACAUACCAGCUAUGCGAAUUGCAAUUGCGUAAUGCUUUGCAAUUCGAGAAUCAAAGGCUCUCGAGGAAGCGCCAGCCUUCUUCAAUACUAACUCCCAGUUCUUCAGGAAGGCCUGCAUAUACCCCUUUCUCCGAGAGCCAAUCUUCUAUACAUAACGCGACGCCAUCUCGACAUGUCCAGAGUAUUGAUGACGCUGAAACACCAGCUCCUAGCAGUACGCAUGCUCGUCGAUUCCCAUCCCCUGCUGGACAAUUGACUUCUGAACUAUCUCCAGGCACCCCAGCAACACACCCUUACGAUAUUGAGCACCAGCGACAUCAACCUGGGCUAAGAACUCCAAAAACUAUAAGCCCCUUCGGCAUCCCACCAGAAACCCCAUCAAAUCAACUUUAUGGAGAAACCACAACCCAACACCCAAGCGUGGGUCAUUGGGCAUCGGUCGAUACAGGAUAUCCUCGGACCCACCAAUUUGAUUCGCAUAUUUCGCCUUCUGGUAACCCUUCUCAACGACGCUUGGCUUCUGCGACUGUACAACCUGUGUCACAUUCCGGUCACGCCAGUUCAGACCAAGAUGGUCCAAGGCAGCGUAACUCCUCCCCUGAGACACCCGCGAAAGAAGGUGUAUAUGUGAAUCGAGGAGCCUCAACGAAAGCGUUCGAAAACCACGAUGACAGGGCACUGAUCCGGUCUCUCGAACAACGUCUCAAUGAAAUGGAGGCUAGGAUGUCUGCCCAACAAGCCAAAAUGGAAGCCGAAGCCAGGAUGAAGGCAAUGGUAAACCUAGGUCCUCAUAAUGUUCCCAACCAACAUGAACAUCUUGACCGGACUCUAGGUAGCCAGGGGCUCUACGUUGCCCCUCACAACCGUUCAUCCAACCCCAUACGCCGUCCAGUUUCUUCAAGCCCGCAGAUCAUGAGCAACUUUGGCUCUCCAACUCCGGCCUUUCUUACAAAUGACGUUGCACCUUCACAACCACAGCUCUGGGGCACGGACGGGCAGGAGUCGGCAUCUCUGCCACACAAUCGUGUACCUUCGAACAUUUCAUUACCUUAUAUCCAUUUAGAGAGCGGAGGAAUUUCUGGAUCCGUGGUCCACAAUAUGCCAUCCAGUAUGACUACAAACAUGACUGGAGAAGCGUAUCUGUAUCCCUCAAACGCGCCGUCAACUAAUACCGUUCCGUCAUUUGUUCCAGGGUCUCAACAACAGUUGGUUUCAGGUGAUGGCAAUUUUUCAACGAGCAUAAAUGAUCCAGACUACGAUAGGUCGCUCUUCAUACGUCAGGGCUGCGAUCAAAUAUUUGGACCGGACCUUGAGGAUGGAGAUAUGGAUCCAAAUUUUGGAAGGGAAAACGUUAAUUAG